AUAGCAACAAAAACUUGAACCCACGUAACUAACGUACACAAACUUAGCUUUUUUAUCAAAGAAAAAGUGUAUUUACAUAUCAAUAUCUAGGAAAUAACCUUCGUUAGGAAUACUCUCAUUAUUUAUUGGCAUUAAACGUAUAUUAAAUCGUCAUAAAUUUUUUUUUUCUCUACAAAUAGUGCAAAUUAUGUAGUUAUCGUAAUGGUUGUAUUAAGUUUAGAAACAGAUAUGACAGGAGCGAUAUAUCAUGAAAGACAGGUGAAGGAGUUGUGUGCUUUGCAUGCUUUAAACAAUUUAUUUCAAGAGAGAGGUUUUAGUAAACAAGAAUUAGAUCAAAUCUGCUACGGAUUGAGUCCAGAUGUAUGGAUUAAUCCUCAUAAAUCCUUACUUGGACUUGGAAAUUAUGAUAUUAAUGUCAUUAUGGCUGCUUUACAAAAAAAAGGCUGUGAAGCUAUUUGGUUUGAUAAGCGCAGAGAUUUAAAUACUCUUUGCUUAGACAACAUUGAUGGGUUUAUCCUCAAUGUCCCUACUGAAUAUAAAUUAGGAUUUGUAUUAUUGCCACUUAAGAAGAGACACUGGAUAGCUCUCAGGAAAAUUCAUGAUACUUUUUACAACUUAGAUUCAAAAUUAGAUUCUCCGCUAUUAAUUGGAAAAAAUGAAGAAUUAUUAAUGUACUUAAAGGAUCAGAUACAGAGUAAAGAGAAAGAAUUGUUUCUCGUUGUUUCACAUGAUGUUGCUAGUAGCCAAGAUUGGCUAAUAAAAAAAAAUAAAUGCAACAAAUGCCUGGAGGAUGAAAAUAGUCUGUAUAUUGAGGACCAAAGUGAUGAAAAAAUUCGAUACAUUGAAGAUCUUGCAAGUGAUCUAGACCUAGACUGUUCUGAGUCUAAAAAUAAAGAAAAUAAUGAACAAAAUGAAGAUAAAAACCAAAGCUCUAGAUAAUUUAUAAAAAAUGUUAUAGAUGAAAUUUAACAUAACGCAAAUAAAAUUUCCAAUCGAUAUGUAAAUACACAUUGUAAAAUUAAAAGUCGUGAUGUGCUUUUGUAUUUUAUCUCAAGUCAAAACCAUUACAUUAUAUAUCGUUUGAUAUAAAAA